CUCUCUUUAUAAGAAAAAGGACGCCCCCACAAAGCUUCCCCAAUUCCUCAUUAACCUUUUCUCCAUUUCAGGUUAAAUAACCCAAAGCGCAUUUGAGAAGUUAAGCUCAGCAGGGAAGCUGAGAAAAAAGCUAUGGAUUCAAUUAAGUCCUUCAAGGGCUAUGGUAAAGUUGAUGAGCUCGAAGAGCAAGCUUUCAAGCGAAAGACUCGAAGGCGUCUCAUCAUCCUCAUCAUCUCCAUAGCCGUCCUAAUAGCAGUAAUCAUAGCCGCUGUUGCAGGGAUCUUGAUACACAAGAGAAGCAACUCGUCUUCCAACACGGUGCCCCCAACUGACUUGACUCCAGCCGCUUCACUCAAAACAGUUUGUAGUGUGACUCAGUACCCAACUUCCUGCUUCUCCAGCUUAUCUUCCAUGGCAUCCUCAAACACAUCUGACCCAGAAAUCCUAUUCAAGCUGUCUUUAGAAGUAGCCAUCAACGAGCUUUCCAAGUUGUCCCAAUAUCCCAGCAAGCUGCAGGCUGAAACCAAUAAUACCCAAGUGAAAUCUGCUUUACAAGUGUGCGGAACACUGUUUGAGGACGCUUUGGAUCGACUGACUGACUCGGCAACUUCGCUGGAAGUUGGACAAGGGCAAAGGUUGUUGUCAGCAUCCAAGAUCAAUGACUUGAAGACCUGGCUAAGUACAACCAUAACUGACCAAGAAACAUGUUUAGAUGCCUUGGAGGAGUUGAACACUACAAAGCACUUCAACGCCACACUUCUUGAAGAAGUGAAAGCGGCCAUGCAAAACUCAAGUGAAUAUGCCAGCAACAGUUUGGCUAUCGUUGCUAAAAUUUUGAGUUUGUUGCCAGAUUUCAACAUUCCAAUUCAUAGGAGGUUGCUUGGGUUUCAGGAAGCAGGUUCAGAGUUUCCAGAUUGGGUUAGUCCCACUGAAAGAAGGCUGUUGCAAGAUUCCAACCCUACCCCAAAUGUUAUUGUGGCUCAAGAUGGCUCCGGGGAUGUCCUGACGAUUAACGAUGCAGUGAAAUUGGUGGGGAAGAAGAAUGAAUCGAGAUUCGUGAUAUAUGUGAAGGAAGGCAAGUAUGUUGAGAAUGUGAUUCUGGAUAAACACCAGUGGAAUGUGAUGAUUUACGGUGACGGCAAGACUAAGACUAUAAUUUCCGGUAGCCUGAAUUUUGUUGAUGGAACUCCCACCUUUGCUACAGCUACUUUCGCUGUGACAGGAAAGGGAUUCAUUGCAAAGGGCAUACAGUUUGUCAACUCAGCAGGUGCAGCGAAGCACCAAGCAGUGGCCAUGCGGUCUGGUUCCGAUCGAUCAGUAUUCUACCAAUGCGCAUUUGAUGCCUUCCAGGACACUCUUUAUGCCCAUUCCAAUCGUCAGUUUUACCGGGAAUGUGACAUUUUGGGCACAAUUGACUUCAUUUUUGGCAACGCAGCCGUUGUGUUCCAAAACUGCAACAUCCAGCCAAGGCAACCCUUGGCUAACCAGUUCAAUACUAUCACAGCACAAGGCAAAAAGGACCCUAACCAAAACUCUGGCAUGUCUGUUCAGAAGUGUACUCUUUCUGCAUUUGGCAACCUUACUGCUAAUACCUACCUUGGCAGGCCCUGGAAAGAAUACUCCACUACUGUUAUCAUGCAGUCAGAAAUUGGGGCGUUCUUGAACCCAUUGGGCUGGAAAGAAUGGGUUUCCAAUGUUGACCCACCUAGCUCAAUUUUCUAUGCAGAGUAUAAAAACAGUGGACCUGGAUCAAACGUGGAUCAAAGGGUGAAAUGGGGAGGGUACAGGCCCACUCUCUCAGAUGUUGACGCUGGGAAGUUCACGGUGGGAACGUUCAUACAAGGCGAAGAAUGGUUGCCUGGUGCCACUGUAUCGUAUCAACCAGCCUUAUGAUCUGAUAAUAGAUUCAAAAAAGGUAGGGUUGAGAUAAGGUCAAAGAUCCGAAAGUUGAGAUAAUGGUUUUUUUUUUUUGUGUUUUAUUUUGACAUUAAAAUUUGUUUGUAGAACUAUAUAUAUAACUCAAAUGUAUUACACUCGCCAUGUCUAUGCUC